AAUUUUCUCUUUCUUUUAUCUGUUCAGAAAAUUUUCUGUUAAUUAAUCACUUCUAAAUUUUACUUAAUCUCUCUAUAAAUACUUCCACUGAUCUCCAAAACUGUAAAACUUCGCUGACAAGUCUCUCAAAAACCACUCUCUCGCUUCAUUUUCAAAUCAAAUGACAGUCAAGUGACUCUUACACUUCUCCUCACCGCCACCGGCGUCGCCGAUGGAGUCCAGUCCUCCGCCACCGCGACAAGAGCUUACCUCUGAAACCCUAGCUUCCGCCACCUCCUCCGGUGCUCAAAUCAGUAGCCAAAACGACAGUCAUGUAGGAAGUAUCGCUGAAAGAAGAGCCGCGAAAUGCGGAUUUAAAGCUGAACGAAUUAAUACGGCGCGUUUUCGUACUGUUAGUCCCUUAACUUCUCCGCCGGCGGUUGUACGGUCUCCGUAUUUAACUAUUCCUCCCGGAAUGAGCCCCUCCGCUCUCCUCGAUUCUCCGAUUAUGUUACAGAAUUGUCAGCCGUCUCCGACUACCGGAAGUUUCCCGUUUCCGCUUCUGAAUUAUGAGAGUUUUUUGCGGGGUACAGUUAAGAAUGAUGUGGAUAAGGCCAGUAGUAGUGCUGCUUCGUUCCAGUUCAAUGCUGCAGAUCAGGAAAACAAUGCUGCUAAUUAUCAAGAAGUUGGCUCUGUGGAACGAUCAAUAGAUUUUGAAUUUCCAGUCGGGAUCAUAAAGGAAGCUACCACAGAGAGCUAUCCUGGAGAAUCAUCUGUUAACAUGAAGGUCUUAAAUAGCAUGGUUGCAAAUGCUAACUUUGGUGAUGGACUUAGGAAGCAAAUGGACUCUGUCCCUGGAGAAAAUAUUGAAACACACCGUCGUCUAGAAGAAGAGAAAGGGACAUCCUUUUCUACGGGGAGUGCUAGAAAUUCUGAAGAUGGAUACAAUUGGAGAAAGUAUGGGCAGAAGCAGGUGAAGGGUAGUGAAUAUCCGAGGAGCUACUAUAAAUGCACCCACCCAAAUUGUCAGGUUAAGAAAAAAAUAGAGCGUUCCCAUGAUGGUCAGAUUACAGAAAUCAUUUACAAAGGUACUCAUAAUCACCCUAAGCCUCAGCCUAAUCGACGAGCACAAGUUGGAUUAACUUCGUUCGAUGAGGUGCCGGAGAUGGAUGAUGGAAGAGAAACCUGUGCCAAAGCUGGAUCUGUUUGGAAAAAUUCUCAAGAAGGGUCCAAGGAUAUAAAAAUCGGUUCUGAUAGGAAGACUGACGGUCUGGAAAGAACAUCUUCAGCAUCUGUUCUGACAGAGCUUUCUGAUCCACUGUCGAUUAGCCAAGGCAAACCUCUAAGAACGUUUGAAUCUGCAGGAACUCCUGAACUUUCUUCCACAUUUGUUAGUAACGAUGACGACGAUGAUGGGGCCACUCAGGGAAGCAUAUCACUUGAAGUGGAUGCUGAUACAGAGGAAUCUGAAUCAAAAAGAAGGAAGUUAGAAAACUGCUUGGUUGAAACAAAUUUGUCUUCUAGAGCUGUUCGUGAACCAAGAGUUGUCGUCCAAAUAGAGAGUGAAAUUGACAUACUUGAUGAUGGGUACCGCUGGAGGAAGUAUGGUCAAAAAGUUGUCAAGGGAAAUCCAAACCCCAGGAGUUAUUACAAAUGCACGAGUGCUGGAUGUUCAGUGAGAAAACAUGUGGAGAGAGCCUCCCAUAAUCUGAAAUAUGUAAUUACAACAUACGAGGGGAAGCACAAUCAUGAAGUGCCUGCAGCUAAAAACAGCAGUCUAAGCUCAAGUGGUAACAAUUUAUCUCAGGCUAAUACAAACACACAAUCUCCUCUGACAUUAGCCCGAAACACCCACAGAAUAAAACCAGAAACACAAUUUCAAGAUUUCGCAACUUGCUUCGAGACCAAACCAGUAAUAACCGACGACUAUACAAGGCCCAGUUUUCCUGGAAAUUUCAGUAAUGAAUUGAUGCGCGGGGCUUCCUCCUUUUAUCCAUUGAAAUACCCUUCCUAUCAACACGCCAUGCCAUACAACUCAAUGGAGCUCAACCGUUGCGCUACCCAUCACUCUGGCUCUAUUGCUUCCCUCCUUCCAGAUUUCCAGAUUUCACAAUCGUCGAAUCUUCAUACAUCUGUAAAUCCGCCCAUGGCAGGUGUUGACUUUGAUUACAAUGCGAAACCUAUUAGUCACGGUCAGCCUUUCUUCUCAGGUCAGCAGUUGGUGUUUCCAAAACAAGAGCUAAGAGACGAUGAUCAUUACGAUGCUGGGCAGGCUACCGUUGAGCAUUUUAACGGAACUCUGUCAUCGUCGGUAUAUCCAAGCAUCAUGGGGAACUUCCCCUCGUAAAAGUUACUUUUUUCGCUUUUUGAAGUACAGGUAAAAAAACACAAAACACAGAAAGGUAAAGGAAAAAAAAAGGGUAUUUAUGUUUGAAUGAUGUUAUUGUUAUACUAUUUUUUUGCUCAUAUCUGUAGACUGUAGUAGUUGUAGUUCACCUUAUUUUAUAGAAAAUGUAUACAGAUAUUAUAUUAUAUAUUAUAGAUUUCAAUUUUGUAUGUUA